AUGCUUUUAAAUGAUAAUGAAGCAAUCGAAAACCUAGGCAUUAAAGAUGGUGACAUUAUUGAAGCGCAGCAUAGAGCCUUAGGUGGGGCCACAAAUGCUGGCUUCAUAUUUGCCAAUCUUUCCCAUGAAAAAGAAGUCCAUUUGAAAUUUGAUGAAAAUGCUCCAGUCUGGAGAACUGCGAAAAGAGGAAUUUCUUUUAAAACUAAAUGCUAUAACCCUAAAUGUGAAGCCUCAAGAGAAGGGUUUAUUUUAGUCAAUUAA